GCUCACAAAUCUCCGCAGAGAAUAACAUUCUAGAAGCUCUUUGACAAAAAUGGAAGAUUCUCAGUCUUACGAUUUCUCUCAGCUCAUUCCAGGUCUCCCUGACGAACUCGGUUUCGAGUGCUUGACUCGGCUUCAGUACACGACUCACUGUGUCGCCUCGCGAGUUUGCCAUCGAUGGCGGGCUCUCAUACAAAGCUCCGAAUUUCAUCGCUACAGGAAGUCCAAAGGGUAUACACACAAAUUGGCUUGCUUGGUUCAAGCUCUCCCUCGACUAGACAACAACGAAUCGUCGUUGACCCAAAUCGCCUCGCCGAAACGCAGCGAGUCUCCGAGUUUCGGACUCGUCGCUUUCGAUGCGACUGAGGCAACUUGGCGGCGGAUCGACCCGGUUCCGAAGUACGCUGAUGGGUUGCCGAUGUUCUGCCACGUAGCGGGCUGUGAUGGAAAGCUUGUCGUUAUGGGCGGUUGGGACCCGAAAAGCUACGGACCGGUCUCGGACGUUUUCGUGUUCGAUUUCGCCAAGAAUCGGUGGAGCGAAGGGAGUCCCAUGCCGACGAAAAGGUCGUUCUUUGCAGCCGGGUCUUAUUCGGGUCGGAUCUACGUCGCGGGUGGGCACGACGAGAACAAGAACGCGCUGAGUUCGGCCUGGGUUUACGACCUGAGUCGGGACGAGUGGACCGAGUUGCCUCCGAUGAGUCAGGGCCGGGACGAGUGCGAGAGCGCGGUGGUGAACGGUGAGUUCUGGGUGGUGAGCGGGUACGGCACGGACAGUCAGGGCGCGUUCGAGUCAAGCGCCGAAGUUUACAAUAUCGCGACCGGCAACUGGAGACGCGUGGAGUGCGUUUGGCCUGAGGGGGAGUGCCCGAGGGGGCGCGUGGGCGUUUGGAAAGAGAAAGAAGGUAAGUUUUCUAAUUGGGCCGAGUUGGACUUGGCGGUUCGAAUUGGAACGUGUUGGGUGGGCCUGGACUUCAGGGCCCUAGUGAUGGGCUCAGACUACCAGGGUGGGGCCCAUGGGUUCUUUAUGGUGGAAUCGAUAGGACAAAAGGGUAAGUUGGAAAACAUCACUGUCCCAGCUGAAUUCAGUGGCUCUGUUCAAUCAGCUUGUUGUGUUGAGAUAUAAUUUUUUUUUUAAUUUUCGGUAUGAAAUAGGCAAAUAUUAGGCCGUGAAGUAAUACCAUAUUAAACCUAAGAUAAUACUAUAAUUAGUCUUAAAAUCUGAGAUGUUUGAAGGAAAAAAAAAAGCAUUGGUUUGGUUAUGAGUAUUUCUAAUGAUAUUUUGUAAGAUUCUUAUGAAUAUUAUAAAAAUUUGAUGAAAUGGUCGGUGCAUGAGUGAAUGAAUAUUAUGAAA